GGAGACAGCCGCGCCACACCAACAAAAGUAGUAUCCUCGCCACCUUCCCACCGUAAUACCGUAUAACCACGAACCAGCUACCACGGUGUCUAAAAUUUUUAUUAUUUAUUAAUAUUGUUAUAAUCAUUAUGGGUAUCCUACCUGUCUACCUGCGAUAAAUUUACCGUUUUCCAAAGUUGAAAAGUGAAAACCAGAACAGUAUUCGGUUACGGUAACUUGGUAUUUCUAUGUAAGAAAUAUGCUUGCCUGUGCAGAAAUUUCAAAAAUGGACACUUGCAGCAUUCCAAUUAAACUUGGAUCAAAUAUUAUUGUUGAUGGUUUAUUUUUUAAUGAAACAAAUAAUAAAUUAAAUAAUACUAACAACAAAGUGGUUCUAUUAGAUUCGUAUAAUGAUCAAAAUUAUAUAACAACAGACAUUCACAAGAAAUUAGAAAAAGAUAAUUAUGAUGUUUGUAAUGAUAAAUCAAAGAGAAUUAAACAUCAAUGUAAAAAAAGUCAACAAAUGUCCUUAAAUAAACUAAACCUUGAUACUCACCUCGGGAUUCAACUGCCUAUAAAACAAUCCUAUACAUGUACUGUUUGUCAAAAAUUAUUUCACUACAAAUACAGAUACGAUGCUCAUAUACAAAGUCACAAUGUCGAUAAAGAAAAAUAUAAGUGUACAAUUUGUGAUAAAUCUUUCACACGUAAAUACCAUAUUAGCAUCCAUAAUAGAACACAUACAGGUGAAAAACCUUAUAAAUGUGACCUAUGUGAGAAAUUGUUUUCAAUGAAACAUCAUCUCUUAUCUCACAUCAGAACUCAUACAGGUGAAAAGCCUUACACUUGUGACAUGUGUAAUGAAUCAUUUACCCGCAAAGAUAUACUGAGCAAGCAUGUUAGAACUCACAUAGGCGAACAACUUUUUACGUGUGUAAAAUGUCAUAAACAAUUUUCUAUGAAAACAUACACGGGAGAGAAACAAUACUUCUGUCAUUUAUGUCAACAGAUCGAGCCUCAAUCAAGUAAUGUGGACAGCAUAAAUACUGAUAUAAAUCAUGACUUAGGCUUAGAAAUGUAUAACAAUGAUAAAUGUAUUGAAACAACAGACAUCAUAGAUAUAAAAUAUGAAAACACAGAAAGUAAUGACAAAGAAUCAAGGAUUCUAAUGUCAGCAUCAAACACGUUAUCAUAUCAACCAUAUAAUGAAAUGUUGAAUAACACUAAAGAAUUUCAAUCUGAUGUUAAAUGUCUUGAAACAUUCUGUAGUGUAGAGUUUAAAGAAAAGCCGUAUAAAUGUCAUAUGUGUCAGCAAUUAUUUUCUAAUAAACAAAAUCUCGAUUCUCACAUAAGAAGUCAUACUACGAAACAACCUUAUACAUGUACGAUUUGUAAGAAAUCAUUUUUCUAUAAGUAUCGUUUUGAUGCUCAUAUAACAAAUCACAAAAUGGACAAGUAUAAAUGUAAAAUUUGUGAGAAAUCUUUUACCCGUAAAUACCAUUUUGAUACUCAUUAUAGAAUACAUACUGGUGAAAAACCUUUUAAAUGUGAAAUAUGUCUGAAAUUAUUUUCUCUAAAACAUCACCUUAUAUCACACAUUAGGACUCACACGGGCGAGAAACCGUUUAAUUGUGAGCUUUGUAAUGAAUCAUUUCGCCGAAAAGAUAUACUUAGUAAUCAUAUUAGAAUUCAUACUGGAGAAAAACAAUUUGUUUGUGAUUAUUGCGAAAAACAAUUCUCUAUGAAACAAUACUUAAUUAGACAUAUGAGAACGCACACUGGAGAAAAACCAUUCAUUUGUCAUGUGUGUCAAAAAAGGUUUUCUCAGAGAUCCGGACUUGAUUGUCAUAUAAGAAUCCACACUGGGGAGAAACUGUUUCAAUGUGAAGUAUGUAAGAAAUUAUUUUCUAGAAGAGACAAUUUAACAAUCCAUAUGUCAGUACAUAAUAUUAGCAUAGGAGUUGACCAAUGAUGACAAUUAAAUGAAAAUAUUUUUAAGUAACAAGUAUGUAUUGAAAUUUCAGAAUUACAUAUCUCUUAAUUAAUAUUCACCAAUUCUAGUCCUAUCUAUCUCAACCAUACACCUAUAAACUAAUAGACAGCUCUUAGAGAAAGACGUCAGGGAUACGAUAUAAAGCGAGCGAGAAAAGAAACUUAAGUAGUAAAAUGUAUACAGUUCCUUAUGCUGGCUCCUCCAGUACUUUAUGUUCUUUGUCCCUCAGUUAUAUGGUUAUAUGAUCACUAAAGACUGAAUUUAUAUUCUCUUAAAAAUUUAAAAAAAUAUGCAAAAAUAAUCAAUUAUAACAUCAUCAUUUGCUUAAAUAUGAAUUUUUAAAUUUUUUUUCAACAUUAUUUUAAUAGUGAGGUAUUAAAAGUUGCGUAUUCUAAUAGAAACUAUUGCACUUUAGUAAGAGUUGGAAAUGAUAAAAAAAAAAAAUGUAAAUGUUCAAUAUUAAAAUUCAAAAUAAAUACAAAUUUUUUCUCACAAUUUACGAAAUAUGCUAAAUGGGUUAAAUAUUCUCUAAUCCAUGAAUAUUCUCAAAUAUGCGAAAAAAACUUUUUUCUACGCAUUUGGAAUUGAACGAAUUGUCCACAUUUUUUACUCUCAUAAGACUGCACAGACCCAGUAACGAUAUGUAAAAACAUAUAAAUCCGGUAUUUAAUGAUCAUCCAGCAUUGAUGGCAGGACGGAGUGGAAUGUACUGUCCAUUAGUUUAUAGGUCUAUGAUCUCAACCAGGAAACAUCAAAAUUUGCAUGUGUAUACAAAGGGAAAUUCCUUUUUAUUUAUACACAUGUUAUCUUAUAAUUCAUUGUUUUAUAUAAUUGUUAUGUAGUUAUAAUUAAAAUUAUAUUUUUCAUUGUAUUAAACUUAAUUAUUUAGAAUUAAAUUUAACAGUUUACAAAUAUUGUAAUAAAAUAAAUUUAUAGUGUUCCAAGUUCCAAUAGUAAAUGUAUUAUAUUAUAUUAUGCAUGCAAAAAUAAAUAGGUAUGCUAUCAACUUUGUGAUACGUAACACACAGGUUUUCCCACCACAAAAAUGACGUCAUCCGUUCUCGGAUAUUGUAUAUUAUUAUUAUUUCUGAGAAUGACUUACUAAGUGUGGGAGGAGUGCGCAUUCUCGACCAAUAUUAUUUAAGACUUAUGUUGAUAUCAUACCUAUCUAUUUUGUCAUGAUAUUAUGUGCAUUGUCUUUUUUAUAAUAAAUAUGGCUCGACACAUUAUAUUCCAUAGUUAUUUAUUUAGUAUGCAUAUUUUGAUGUUUUUCAAUUACAUAAAAGGUUUUAUAAUUACAAUAUUGUGUACUUAUGGUACUUUAUGGAUUUACUUUUUGGUAAUACAUAACAUAUUAUAAUUUGUUGUCAAUAAUGUUGUAAUAUAAAAAUAUUAUUAUAUAUAAAGUAA